GGGUUCGGCGUCCGGGAGUCCCGGGUCAAGGUGGUCGCGCGGCGCAGAGUUUGAAGAGCGAGCGGGAGCGGGAGGUGGAGGCCUGGCCGUGGGCGCGCGUCUCCGCACUCGGGCGGGCCGCUGCGGACGGCUGGCACCCGUGCCGCUGGGGAAGAGCGCGUCGGGACUCGAACCACCUAGGGGACUGAAUUGCAACUGCAGAAGCAAUAAAUGACUCUUUAAAGAUGCCACAGGACUGCAGAAAAAUGAAGGGGAACCUAGAAAGGAUGAUGAAGUGAGAAAAAUGUUUUUCCCAAGGACAAGAAGCUUAACAAGGAAAAGAAGCUUUCUGCAAAUAACCGAUAAAGCCACCUUUAGAAGCACUUCUCAGGCCCUCAUGGAAUAGCUGAAAUUUGUACUACAAGGCCCUGCUUGCCUGCUGAUCACCCAGAGUGAUUGUCACCAUGGCCAGUAAGAGGAAGUCCACCACCCCAUGCAUGAUCCCAGUUAAGACCGUGGUGCUACAAGGUGCCAGCACAGAGGUCCAGCCUGUGGAAACUUUGCCUGAAGGUCCCCAGAAGGAUCUUCCCUCAGAGGCCCCUGAUGCCAGCAGCGAGGCAGCCCCAAACUCCAGCAUCACUGAUGGUUCUACCCUGGCAAAUGGGCACCGGAGCACUUUGGAUGGUUAUGUGUAUUCCUGUAAAGACUGUGACUUCAGGUCCCAGGACAUGACUCAGUUUGUAGGGCAUAUGAACUCAGAGCACACAGACUUUAAUAAAGACCCACAUUUUAUAUGUACAGGGUGCAGUUUCCUGGCAAAAACCCCUGAGGGGCUUUCCUUACACAAUGCCAAGUGUCACUCAGGGGAAGCCAGCUUUUUGUGGAAUGUGACCAGGCCAGACAAUCAUGUAGUGGUGGAACAAAAUGUCCCUGAGAACACUAGCACAUCUGACCUAGCUGGUGAGUCUACUACUGAUGGGACUGAUGGACAGGCUGAAAUCAUUAUUACCAAGACACCAAUCAUGAAGAUAAUGAAAGGCAAAGCUGAAGCCAAGAAAAUUCAUAUGCUUAAAGAAAACGCUCCCAAUCAGCCUGUGGGUGAGGCCUUGCCAAAGCCAUUGGCUGGGGAGGCAGAGGUUAAAGAGGGGGACCACACUUUCACCAAUGGGGCGGCUCCAGUCAGUCAGGCACCUGCUAGCUCCUCAAAGCCCACACAUGCUGCCAAUGGGCCCCUGAUAGGAACGGUGCCAGUACUGCCAGCUGGUAUAGCACAAUUCCUGUCCCUCCAGCAGCAGCCCCCAGUGCAUGCCCAGCACCAUACCCACCAGCCCCUGCCCACAUCCAAGGCCCUUCCGAAGGUCAUGAUCCCCCUGAGCAGCAUCCCGACAUAUAAUGCAGCUAUGGACUCCAACAGCUUUCUGAAAAACUCCUUCCACAAAUUCCCCUACCCAACCAAAGCUGAGCUCUGCUACUUGACUGUAGUGACCAAGUAUCCAGAAGAACAGCUUAAGAUCUGGUUCACAGCCCAGAGGCUGAAGCAGGGAAUCAGCUGGUCUCCUGAGGAGAUUGAAGAUGCCCGGAAAAAGAUGUUCAAUACAGUCAUCCAGUCUGUGCCUCAACCCACUAUCACAGUGCUAAACACCCCCCUUGUUGCCAGUACUGGCAAUGUACAGCAUCUCAUCCAGGCCACUCUCCCAGGCCAUGUUGUGGGACAGCCAGAGGGCACAGCAGGGGGCCUCCUGGUCACUCAGCCAUUGAUGGCCAAUGGGUUACAAGCAUCAAGCUCGUCUCUCCCUCUGACAACUGCAUCUGUUCCCAAGCCAACUGUGGCACCCAUCAACACCGUGUGUUCAAAUACAGCAUCAGCUGUAAAGGUAGUCAAUGCAGCCCAGUCACUUCUCACAGCAUGCCCCAGCAUAACUUCCCAAGCCUUCCUUGAUGCAAGCAUCUACAAAAACAAGAAGUCUCAUGAACAGCUGUCAGCUCUGAAAGGAAGCUUCUGUCGGAACCAGUUCCCUGGGCAGAGUGAAGUAGAGCACCUGACCAAAGUGACAGGUCUCAGUACCAGAGAGGUGCGGAAGUGGUUCAGUGACCGGAGAUACCACUGCCGGAACCUGAAGGGCUCUAGGGCCAUGAUGCCUGGAGAGCAUGGCCCUGUUCUCAUUGACUCUGUGCCAGAGGUGCCCUUUUCCCUGUCAUCCAAAGUUCCGGAAGUGACCUGUAUCCCAACAGCAACCUCACUAGCAAGCCACCCUGCCACCAAACGACAAUCUUGGCACCAGACCCCAGACUUCACGCCAACCAAAUACAAAGAGAGAGCCCCAGAGCAGCUGCGAGUCCUGGAAAGUAGCUUUGCACAAAACCCGCUUCCCCCUGAGGAGGAGCUGGACCGCCUGAGAAGUGAAACCAAAAUGACCCGAAGGGAAAUUGAUGGCUGGUUCUCAGAGAGACGGAAAAAAGUAAAUGCUGAGGAGACCAAGAAGACUGAUGGGCAGGUACCUCAGGAGGAGGAGGGUGCUGAAAAUGAGGGUGGAGAUGAAGAGUUGGCCAGUGAGCUGAGGGUUCCUGGUGAAAAUGGCUCUCCUGAAAUGUUUCUUAGCCAUACCUUGGCAGAAAGGAAGGUCAGCCCCAUCAAAAUCAACCUCAAGAACCUGCGGGUCACUGAAGCCAGUGGCAAGAAUGAGCUUCCAGGGCUGGGUGUCUGUGAGCCUGAGGAAGAUGGCUUAAACAAGCUAGUAGAACAGCCACCAGGCAAAGUGAGCUACAAAAAGACAGCACAGCAACGCCACUUGCUACGGCAGCUCUUUGUCCAGACACAGUGGCCAAGCAACCAGGACUAUGACUCUAUCAUGGCCCAAACAGGGCUGCCCCGGCCAGAGGUGGUACGCUGGUUCGGAGAUAGCAGGUAUGCCCUGAAGAAUGGCCAGCUCAAGUGGUACGAAGACUACAAGAGGGGCAACUUCCCACCAGGUCUGCUCAUCAUUGCCCCUGGCAACCGAGAGCUGCUGCAAGAUUAUUACAUGACACACAAGAUGCUGUGUGAGGAAGACUUGCAGACCCUCUGUGACAAGACCCAGAUGAGUGCCCAGCAGGUCAAGCAAUGGUUUGCUGAGAAAAUGGGUGAAGAGACCCGGGCUGUGGCAGAUACAAGCAGUGAGGACAAGGGCCCUGGAACUGGAGAGCCUGUGGCAGUUCAUAGAGUGCUGGGUGAUGCCUAUUCAGAGAUGUCUGAGAACAGUGAAUCAUGGGAGCCAAGUGCUCCUGAGGCCAGCUCAGAGCUCUUUGACACUUCAAGUCCCCAGACUGGACGUCAGCUCGAAACAGACUGAAUUUGUUCUGAUUACUGUGAAGAACCGACCAGUCUGGGAUGCUGUCUACCAUGUGGAAGGGCCAAAUCUGCCGUGCAUCAUUUUGAUGGCCAGCUGCCAGGCACCCAAGAGAGACUUUGGAGGCCUCACUGAGCCUGGAACCUGCCGCUGCCCUAACCAUCCUCUGCCUGACACUUCUAAGCAAGUAGCAAGGGGUUCUCAUCAGCCCAUCCUCCCACUGUGCAGGACCUCUCCUUUGCCUCCCGGAGACAAAGCAGUUCAGAUUACAUAGACCUAGAAUCAAGUUUUUAGCAUAUACAGCUGCCUAUAUACAUUUAAUAAAUCAUCCAACUACAGACACUCUCAAUCCACAGGAACUCGGGUUAGCAAAGCAGUACAGCUCUAACAAUGCCAUGUCCGUUCUCUGGGAAGCUGAGACCAUAGGGGUCCACAUCUUCUGUAAGGAGCAGGAGUUACGGGUGUGCUCAGAACUGCUUGAGGCCCAGUCCUUCUUGCCUUCUCAAGGGAACAGAACUGUUGAAGAGACCCGCAACAUUGAGUGGAGGCAAGCCACAUUUCAUGCAAGGCUUGCCUGUGUUCUGGUUGAUAGAGCCUACUGUUAUCCUCAGUUCUGAAAACAGCCCAGCUAUGAGAUUACUACUGGAUGCUUAUCACUCUCGUUAGUUAACUGCAAUUCUGAUUUUUCAUGGCGCUUGAAUCAUGGACCAACUUCUCCAUUAUCAGAUCAGCUAAAGAGGCCAUUUUUGUAGAGCCUAGAGUACUGACCUGUAUGCUCCCUUCAGCCCUUCAAUUCAGACUCCUUUAGAGAAAAAGGAAAGUGGGCAGGGUAGAGCCAGUUGCUGUGGCUUUGGUCACCAUAGUGCUCUCAAUGCCUCCUGCGGGUCAGAAGGAAGUACACUCUGGCUGGUAGGAAGAGUGAGGCUGAAGUGUGUGGGAGUUUUUAAAUGACUAGAGCUGGAGUGGUCUUGAAAACAAAGACCUGCCACACACCAAGGGCCUGACCAACUACUGGUUUCGUGAUCCAGAGGUGCUGGACAUCACUGGAUAGGUUCCUGUGAGGUGUUUUUAAAGUUUUAAAUUUAUAUUCCCAACCUGGGAAACAAGAAUUUACUUUUGCCUAAGCCUUGUGUCCUUUGGAUUAAAAUCACAAGAAAAGGUGCCUUUGAAACAAUGGAAAACUUUGCUUAUGGAGCUGUGCUAAAUAUUAAAGCUUCCGUGUCUCCAAGGCUGGCUUCUCCAAGAGCAGUGGAUAAAGCAGGGCAGGGGAGAGACAAAGAUAACAAACAGGAUGUGUUAUCCAUGACCCCACUUACCUCUUGGAAACUCCACCAGUAGAGCCACAGGCAGGGCAAGAAUUUUGACCAAGAAACAGCGGUUAACUUCUAGGUGUUGUCUUGGCUCCCCUCACAGGGAGCAGUAGGCUUUGCGUAGUCUGAGACAAGCAUGGCGGCCUUCAGCCUUCUAGGAAAGAGGGCUUUCUCUGGAACCCAGAGCCCUGGAACCAUUAUAAGAUGUUUCUCUUGCCUUUCCUGUCCCCAUAGGGAUGACCUCACAUUUGUCUCAGAGUGGGGUUUUUUUGACUACUUGGCAAGUUUUGCAGUCUAUUUUUGUAUCCUUUCCGUUUGGGGGGAGAAAUUAUUUGGCCCCAAACCUCGAGGAAUUGGAAAGAAUGGUGAGUGACUGCUUUCCUUCAGAGAACAGACAUCUGAAAGUUUUCCUUCAGUGUUUGUUUACGUGCAGAUCGGCAUAUCCACAUAUACAGUACACAUACUUAUUUGAUACUUACACAAACACAUCUCAUAUACACAUGAGUUUCAUGUGGAUGCCCAAGGGGGAAGCAGCCUAUGUGUGAAGAGAUGACAAUACACUGGGCAGCUGGAGCAGCCGAGGAAGCCAUCUUGUCUAAGAAAGCACCUGUGUCUCACCUGAGCCCAGAUGCCUGCUGGCUUCACCUAUACAGCCCUGCUGCACUAGCUGAAUGGUAGAGUCUAUGAAAAGGUCUGAACAAUUGACAAGGAACAUAAAAAUUAAAUUACUUGGUGGACACUAUGCUGGACACAGAUAGCAGCCUGGACUAGAGCACCAGGCAGUCAUCUGGAUGGGAAGUUGCAGUAACACUGGCCCAGCAUACCUUUCUCAGAGCUGGUGAUGGCAAGACUGCCCAGGUAAGAAACAAAACAGAUGAAAUGGACCUUGUUUCUUCCUUUGCUUUGGGAUGGGGGAGGGAAGUUGUGGCUUGGACCUUAUGUUGGUAGGUAAUUAUGAGGAGGUAGGUGGUCAUGGAGCAGGUGCUUCAGAGAAGAGCUCUCUGGGCACCAAGCAGGAGUGCACUGACAGAGAAGGAGGGUGUAAGCUGGCGGCUACCAGGUCUGUGGCUGCUAUGUGAUAGAUCACAGUGGCCUUGUACAGAGGUGGGAUGGGAUGUGCUUCUCCUGACAAAGCUUGCACUGUCAGAUGAGUCUUGCCACAUCAUUUGCAUUCACCAUUCACUUGGACUUACCAGAGGCAGUAAACGCUAAGUGUUCUUUGUUGUCUGUAUUAUGUUUUAUUUUUUUCUACUUACACAGGGUUGUAAGAUCAGUUUUAAACCACAUCCCAUUCUAACAGAAAUCUGAACUAUAGGUUUUGUAUAUUAUUUGAUCCAAAUAUUUUUUGAUCAUAGAGAUUUUUCUUUUGGGAAUUGGGUGUGUCAACGUGGGAAGCCCUUUCCCUGGGUGGCUUGCCAGCACUUUGAGGACACUAGUGACUGCUCUUUUACUUUUCUCUUGGCUGAGUGGUAGCAGCUUUCAGGUGAACAGAAUACCUUAGCCUGAGGCAUCCCUCCCUCUGGAAGCAGAAUAAUUGAGUGAGACCCAGUAGAUAUCUGCCUGUGCCCUCCAGUCUGUUCCCAUCUGACCUUAAAUGUCUCCUACCAGGAAGCUUAGCACUCUCCAGGCCCAGAUAGCUCUCAGAAAGUUUACUUACUCUGUCAGUAGCUAAUGCCACACCUGUGCCCCUUCCUCCCUGUUGGCUCUAGGACACCUGUCACACAACUGCCUUGUGUGGAGCAUGGGAGGCAGCCUUUCUGGUUAGAGUCUCUUGUAUUGUCCCCCAGGGGACUGUUAAGUUAUCCCUGUCUUGAGCCAUUGCCUUUCAUUUUCCUAGUCACUGUAUGGACCAAAAUCCUCAGAUUGGAGCAGCUCAAGUCAGUUCGGAAAUGAGCUAAGAAGAAAAUCCUAAAACAAAACUUAGAAUCUGUGUUUUUCCUAAAGCUCCCACCUUUACUGGCUGUUUCCCAGAGAAGAUUGUUGGUUCCAUCCAUCUUUGCGUAGGAAUUUAUAUGGAAUUCAUUCGCAAGGCUCAUCUGUCUGAAAGUCUUCUAGAUACACAAAGAUCUUUGGUUAGCUCAUCCUGGCCAAGGUUUAGCAAGGUGCCUGGUUUUCCUUACUCCAGACUGGAACCACCCCCUCUUUAGCAUCCCUAACUUAACUCCCUGUUCUUUUUCUCAAGAGCACACUGCUCACCACCAUCCUUCCCAGACCUUUAGGGGGUGAUUUCCAUGUGUUCUAGCACUGGAGCCCACAGGUUUUCUCUAAGCAUAGCCCUUUCCUAGACUUCAACCUGAAUUAGCCACACUGCAGUUUGUUCUGCCUUGGUUCAGUGGAGCAGGCAAAUGACUGCACAGUAUACUCCAGGGCUCAUGAGGCUGCUGGGCCUUCAGUGGAACAGCCGGGUUUGGCAUUGACUGAGUGGUGUGACAGAACUGAUCAGAUUACUCGCUGUUUUGAUCACGACCUGGGUUUUCAGAAGGAAUCCAAAUGAAACUGAGUACUCAGGAUCCAUUUUUGCUGCAGUCUGUGUUCCUAGUGCCUGGCCACUAAGGGUGGCUGUGUGGAGUGACAAACCUAGGUGCACUCAGAGCCCAGAACCUGCACUUGGUCAUGAAGCUCACUGGGUCUAUGGUCUUAGGACUGAGAACCUGCUUUGGGGUGUGAAUGCUUGUCAACACUAGCCAGCAAUCCUAUGGAUCCAGACCUCUAGACUUGAAAAAUACAGGUUUUUCUAGCUCAGGUCUAGUAGGAACACCUCUUCUCAAGCCCUCUGAAGUCUGGAGCAAGGGUAGAAAUGAGACUAAGGCAGACCCCGGUUGCCGAAGGACUGAAAUAAGUACCUGCUUCCUUUGGUUCUGUCUCUUAUAUGGAUUGCAGGGCUGAAUGGGUUCAGUAUAGUUACUGCUCUGUUGUCUCUGCCCUCCUUGAGCUAGACCUUGCUCUUACUCUGGCAGGAACCAGGCAGAACAGGGAGAAAACAGCUAGCUAUUUGGCAGGGACUGUUGGCUGCAUGAUGUCUUCCUGCUGUUUAUAAGGGUGGGCGGAUGGCAAGUCAGGACACCCAACAGGGACCUGCACAUUUACCUGCUAUCAGUGCCUCUUUUGUCAAGAGAGCGGUGUACUGCACACAUAGAUGGGCACCUGUGUGUUAAUAGCUUUUCUUGGCCAAUGUCUUUUGACACGUAUUCCCUUCUAUGGAAGGUGGGUGAUUUAGAAUUACUCUAUACAAGUGGAGUUGAAGGUAAAAUGUCUAUGAUAAAGCCUGCUCAGACACUGAAUAUAGAAAGGGUUGCCAGUGCUUGAUCCUUCCCAAGCAAGUCCCCGAAAAGACAUUUCCAUCCAGUGAAAAUCUAUUAUAAAGUGGUCCCUGUUAACCCGCAGUUUGUGCUUAGAGAUCUUGUCCCUAGCUCCUGCCCACACAGCUUAGUCUUGUUCAUGUGGCUUUGUUAGCUCAGGGUCAGGGCUCCAUGUGAGGAGGUUGGCCGCAGUGAGAGCCAGCAGAGUUCCAGCGUGAGUUGGGUUGCUCCUUGUGGAAUUGGGUGGGCCGAGGGCAGCAGUGGUCACUAGGGCAGAGAUCUCUUGCCCAUGCUUCUGAGUAGCCUGCUUUGUUCAGUUUUGCCAGGAAGGUCAGACUGUGUCAUAAUGUUAUUAAACAGAGAAAACUGGCCAACCUUUCUCUGGCCCCUGCUGACUAUUGUUCUUUGAGUUGUUCUAACACAGCCCUUGGGGAAGUUGGGGAGGCUGCCAAGGACCUGCAGACUCCUUGCUGACAAUGUCCUGGUUCCUGGUCCUCCAGCACCUGCUUUAUGUUCUGAUCUCAGUGUGGAUGGCUUUGUCCUCAGGGGCCAUACUGCUGAGAACUGUGACUGGGGGAUGACUUAACAGUCUGCCUUUGGUCUGCUUCCUGUCUCCCAGGAACAGCUGAAGUGAUCACCCUGGUGCUAAUCAAGAGUCACCUGCUACUGUGACCAGCUAUGAGAGGAAAUUGAGAAAUAGCUUGUCUGUCACAUAGGCCUUUGUGGAGUGGGAAUUUUCUGUGUGGCCCUGGCUGGUCUGAAACUCACUUUGUAGACCAGACUGGCCUUAGACUUGGACAUUCUUCUUGCCUCUGCCUCCCAAGCACUGAGUUACAGGCAGGCAUGGGCCACACCUUGCUGGAAUGUGGGAAUCCUUUACCCUGAGAAACAUCUGAAUAGAAAGACGGCCUUGGCCUUUGGUGUGGGCUGUGUGUGGUGGGAGGUGUGUGGCUGACCUCCACAUAAGGUCCCCCAUGGGGAUGCUGCUAUUUCUAAGAUGCAAAUUGCACAUUUCUUAGAUUUUGUAUCUGCAAAUUUGGAUAAGGGAUGGGAUGAGGGGCAAAACUGCUUAUGUAGUUUGAAAUUGGCCUCAGUGGUACUUCCAAUCUUUUGACUGUUCCUAAAUAAAAAUGUACAGACAUUUCUUA